AUGGAUCAGAAACAAACCAUCAACUUUGGGGCUGGACCUGCGAAACUCCCUCAAACCGUAAGUUGUGGAUACUUACAUUUAAAUGCUUGUGUAACCAGUAAAAUGAGAAAACGGUGCAAAAGACGAGCCGAUACUGUACAAUCUAAAUGUCAUUUCAGAGUAUUAAAUGAUAGAUUUUUCUGUGAGCGUGGUGUUUCUGCAGAUGCAUGCUGCAGUCUUUUUGUACACAAUGUAACCUGCUAUUUCACCCGAUCUGGAAAGACAACAUUAAAUCUCUGCAUUUACACAGUCACGGAGACUCUGUGGGACAUAUUUCUACAUGGAGACACAGAGAAAAGGCCCGCUGUUACAUGUGGGUUAAUGACUGGGUUGAUGUCGGCUUGGCGUUUGUCAGCAGCUCCAACAAGCUGAAAACAGAGUGUUGAGUUGCAUCAGCCUCAUUCAUUCAUGUGGAAACCUGCUCCUUUGUGUCUGACUGGUAUGCAGCCUCUAGAUGGCAGAAUUACCCCACAGAAAAACUAAAUCACAGCCCGCAUUUACAAACUAACUAACCACUUAAGAUCAGGCCUAAGUUUUUGUAAAGAAAGUAUUUUACUUAUUAUCAAGCUUUUGGAUUUAAGACACUUUGCAUCUUAAUUUCUAAACCUUCUAAAAUCUGGUCCAGUCAUUAUUUCUCAUGUAAUCUGUGGUUUUUGAUUGAAAACUUGCUCUCUUGCAGGUGUUGAUUCAAGCACAGAAAGAGCUCCUCAGUUAUGGCAGCACCGGUAUCAGUGUCCUUGGUGAGCACAACUUCAGAAGUUACUAUGAGGCGAAACUACUUAAUGAUGAAGACAAUCAUGCAAUAUUGAAUAUGUUAAGCUGAUGAAUGUCCAGUUUGUUGAAAUGCAAAAAUGAGGGAAAUAUCUGUAUAAGCUUUUUAUUUUACCAUGAUGUUCUUUUGGAAAUGACACAAAUUGUCUGUUUGUGGAAAAAGAGGCCACCAGUCGAGAUCAGUGUCUGGAAAAUCUUGUGAAGCGUCCAUAUGAACACUAAAAGUCAGAUUCUCAGUGAUAUCAAAAUUAGUAAGUAGGAACUUGAGACAAAUAAAAUCGUUACAGGAAUUAUAACAGGGUUAACUAUUCCCAUGGACACCAGACUACUGUUUCAUAAUCGAUUGUGGCCUGUAGUUGACAUCUCUCAUGCAUUCUGUGUUAAUCAUGUAAAAAAAACCUCACACAUUUUAUGUAUGCUUUAUGAGUACCUUAGAGUACUUAAAGCAAAAUGCCAACAUGCCAACAAUUCUGUUUUGUUUUGGUAUUUUAUCGUUAUUAUUAUUAAUGUAAUGUUUUUGAUUGUGUUCAAACCAGAAAUGAGUCACAGAUCAUCAGACUUCAACAAAAUCAUCAACAGAACGGAGAGUCUCCUCAGAGAGCUGCUGUAAGUGUUGCUUUUGUGGUUUCACAUACUUGUUUACUUUUAUAUUCAUAUUCACACACUGUAUCCUUCUCCUCCCUCACUCUUUUAUUUUAAGGCCAGAUCAGUGUUUUGAUUUUUACUUCAGCACCAUCAUGACAGCUCAUCGCAAACAAUAUUCAUUUGAUGUAUCUGUUUAUAGUCUAAACAGUUUUAAAUUCUUACUUUAGAAGCAGAAAGCGCCAUCUAAUCCAGGAAGUCUGGUUCCUGGUUCCUGAUGUAUUGUUUCAAGUUUAUUUUUCAACAAACAUGUAUUUAAGGCAUGCAAUUUUUAAUGAUCUUACACACCCAGAUAUGCAGUGGGAAAGUGGUUUCCAGUUAUCUUUUAAACACCAGCUGUUUUUCUUGUGUUCACGUGUUCGGCUGAUUGUGGCUGAAUGCCAAAACUGUUAUGGUUUGGCCAGGCAAAGACAGGGUGUGUAGUUCAAGGUGUGUCCCAGUCAAAAGUUGUUUAUGUGAGAACAUAAAGGAGAGAGCAUAAGCUUCAUCCACUGCUGUCUUUUUGUUUGUGAUUUUACAAACCUCCUUUAGACUCUUCAUCUUUUUAAUUCUGUAACUUUUUUGGUUGAAGUUUUAUAAAUAUAUGUUCAAUAAAAUCCAAAUCACUCUGUUCGGAAACAUCUUCAGGGCUUCAGUACUCUUGUACCAUUUUUAUUACACAGGUUAACAAGACUCAAAAGUGCCUCCAUGUACAUUUAGAUUUAAAACUAACACUUUGUAAUGUAAGAAACUGCAAACACAAGUAUUGAUAUUAAAUCAAUAAUAGAAUAGUUUUAAUGAUUAAUAUGUAGUGUUAGAAUAAUUUUCUCAACGAUACAAAAUAAGUAAGAGUUGGUGCAUUUGUCACAAUGUUGUGCAAAACAAGUUUAUUUUUAUUACUCCAAUCAAUGCAGAAGAAGAAGCUUGAGGAUUAUCGGUCCGUUCUGUCUGCACUGUCCAACACAAUGAUUCUGCCUCCACAGAAACAUCCCAGACAACUACAAAGUGAUGUUCCUGCAGGGCGGUGGGUCAGGCCAGUUCAGCGCUGUUCCCCUAAACCUGAUUGGCCUCAAAGGGGACAGGUGUGCAGAUUACCUGGUCACUGGCACAUGGUCGGCGAAGGCAGCAAAGGAGGCGGAAAAAUACGGCAAAGUCAACAUCGUUCACCCGAAGCUGGACAGUUACACAAGUGAGUGUGUGCAAGAGGAAAUAUUGAAAACGGUCAGAUUUUAACAAAAGGAGGAACAACUCAGUCUGGACAUAGAGGUUUCACAGGUACACUUGUGUUCUUCAAGACAUGGGUCAUUUCUGGUUUAGCCUUAUUCCUCUAUUUUAAAAGAGUUCACUGAAGGUACUUUCUUCGUACCAAAUAUAGUUCCAGCUCAUUUGAGUUGGUCAUUGUCAUUCACGCUGCAUUAGAAUGGUCCUUGUACAAACUCUGGCUGUGUGAUCAGGCUGUUGCGCAAGAAAACAAAAGAGCUGACAACCAAUGAAAGCCUCUGGUAUGGGAGCAGCCCUUUUCCACAUGGUUGUGUCCUAUUAGGGUUUUCAUCUGAGUUGUUUUUAUUCUUGCAUUUGGAGCAGUUUUUUUCCUUUUUCUGGUUAAAUUUUUUUUUUUUUUAAAGAUAGGAAUAUUUGUUUCUUUCUCCAGGAAUCCCUGACCCCAGCAGCUGGACCCUGAACCCCUCGGCCUCCUACGUGUACUACUGCUGCAAUGAGACGGUUCAUGGUGUUGAAUACAACUUCACCCCUGACACAAACGGGGUGGUCCUCGUCAGUGACAUGUCCUCAAACUUCCUGUCCCGACCUGUGGAUGUGUCAAAGGUGAAAGACUAUUUAUCUCAUUCACUUAUGUAGCUCUUAACCUGUAUUCAAAUGGUCUUUAUUUGUAAGACACAACAGUGAUAAUAAAAUAAAGAGGUGUAGGAUAUUAUGAAGAAGAAAAAAAGAAGAAAGAAUUACUAAUAAAAGAUAAGACAAGUGAAUUACCUAAGCUCAAGUAGAGAUAGUAGGAACAGACAAAGUCUCAUUUUCACAUGUCCUCUCUCUUUCUGCAGUUCGGUCUCAUUUUCGCUGGGGCUCAGAAAAAUGUGGGCUGUGCCGGGGUGACCGUGGUCAUCGUGAGAGAGGAUUUGUUGGGCCAAGCUCUGAAGGAGUGCCCCAUCGUCCUGGACUACAAGGUGCAGGCUGAUUCGAACUCCCUCUACAACACACCACCAUGUUUCAGGUACACACAAACACACAAAGAAAGUGUGACUGCACUGUUCUACCCUAAGGUUAAAAAAAUCACCAGGCAAACAUAUUUAACACUGCAAAAACUGAGGUAUGACUGUGCCAUGUGCUAAGAGUGUUCCCCCUGAUUGUUUAUUUGCUCUGUGCAGUAUCUACAUCAUGGGUCUUGUCCUUGAGUGGAUAAAGAACAACGGUGGCAGCGCUGCCAUGGAGAGGCUCAACAAGCAGAAGUCCUCCAUGAUUUAUGACAUUAUCAGUGCUUCUAAUGGUUUCUAUGCGUGAGUACCAUUAAAUUUAAGCUUCAAACUUUUAAGCUCUCGUAAGGAACCUUUACUUUGUGUCAAUUCAGGUGUCCCCUAUGGACAAACCAGUCUUUACUUAUCUUAUCCUCUACAUACUUGAGUUGUGUCUUUUGAUCUCAUCCUGCUGACUCCUGACAGUCAAGUGUAUCAUUAUUGUAAAGAUUUUGUUAAAAUUGUAAGAACAGGACUGUUUCUGUAGCUGCUCAGCUGACACCUACCCCCAUCCAUUGGUUUCAGGCGUUGAAGAUCAAAAUGUAAUGAAAAUAGUCUUGUCACUGAUGGUCAUGUUGGCUUUAAGAUAUCAAAAGAAGACAUCAAUAUGACUCCAAGUGUUUUACAUAAAUGACAAAAAACUUCUCGCAGAAGCAUUAAUGUUUUCUUUCAUAAAAAAAAAUGUAGAGAAUUCACCUUUUGUUAAAGCUUCCAUGCAAACAUAAUCAAACUUGGUCAAAAUAUGAAAAAGAGAGAGAUUUUCACCCUGCACUUUUACAAUUGCUUGUUACAAUAUUUAUGAUAAUGUAAGGCAUCAUUUUAAAUCUGUGUAAACAUAUCUGCAUGUACUACAGUAACAAUGAACAAAGUGAUGUAUAAACUUAAGUAAAUCACUUUUUUUUUAACUCCACCUGUCUCUCUGUCCAGGUGUCCUGUUGAAGACGCCUGCAGAAGCAGGAUGAAUGUCCCGUUCCGUAUUGGGAAGAAAGAAGGAGACGAGGCUCUGGAGAAGCUGUUUCUGGAUGGAGCAUUAAAACGUGGAAUGAUUUCACUGAAAGGACACAGGUUAGAGAUGUGUAGCGUUUUUUCUAUUCGAUAGGUAGUUAAAGGGAAGUGCCGUAACUUUAUAAUGAGUGAGUAUUUGCAUUAUCAUGAGUAGUGAUUUGCAUUUGUUGAUAUGAUUCUGCUCUGAAAGACUUGUUCACAUUUUUCCUCUUCAAACCUGAUGCCUUUGUCUCCCUCUGCAGGUCAGUCGGAGGAAUACGCGCAUCUCUGUACAAUGCUGUGACAGUGGAGGACACUGAAGCUCUGGCAGCUUACAUGAGAGAGUUCCUCAAAGAGCACCAAUAA